GGUAAGGCUAUCUAAUUCCAAGAAUAUUUGACAAGCACAGUUUGCCCCGUCACCACACUUACUGUCCUUCUUUAUAUUAUAAAACAGUAAAUGGGUCACUUUGGUUUUAAGGAUGAGAACCUUUUGUGAGCAGUUGGCAGUUCAGUGACCGCGCUCAACUUACUUUACGGCAAACAAGAGGAGCAUCAGGUUGAACAUUUGUCCAUGCAGUGCUAGCAAGAGUUCUGUGAAGACACUGAACUAUUAAACCAUCUAAUUGUGUUUUUUGAAAAGCGACUGCAAAGUUUAACCUCAAAAUGAACUUAAGCUCAAGACGUUAUAGUCCUUAUUUGACGUUAUUACCACUGACCUGCUAAAUUAAAGCUCAUUAAGGAACAGAUUAACGUUACAUUUGUUUUCCGACGUUUGCUUGCUAACAGUAGAUGCGCAAAGCAGUUCUACCUAGUUAGUCAUAUCUUUAAAUGUCUAAUAGAGUUAAAUAAGUGUACGAACGUCAAGAGAUGGAUAAAGACUCGUCAGGUUCGAGAAACCCUGGAGGAUUCGGUCUGUUUGGCUCUGCUGGACCGCAGUAUUCAAAGACAGAGCUCGCCGGAGUGCCACUGACAGGCAUGAGUCCAAUCUCUCCAUACCUUAACGUGGACCCCAGGUAUCUCAUACAGGAUACCGAUGAGUUCAUUUUACCCACUGGAGCAAAUAAAACAAGAGGACGCUUUGAGUUGGCCUUCUUUACCAUUGGAGGAUGUUGCAUCACAGGCGCCGUAUGUGGGGCUGUGAAUGGACUUAGAAUGGGCUUGUCUGAAACUAGAAACAUGGCUUGGUCCAAACCUCGAAAUGUGCAAAUCCUAAAUAUGGUGACCCGCCAAGGUGCCACAUGGGCAAACACAUUGGGUUCAGUUGCUCUGCUAUACAGUGCGUUUGGGGUGAUCAUAGAGAAAGCCAGAGGAGCAGAGGAUGACCUCAACACCAUCGCUGCAGGAACAAUGACUGGUGUCCUCUACAAAUCUCCAGGAGGGUUGCGGGGGGCAGCGAGGGGUGGAUUGGCCGGACUGACGCUUUCUGGACUCUAUGCUCUCUAUAAUAACUGGGACCACCUAAAGGGAAGCUCUCCCACUCGCUACUGAUGAGAUACUCAACAAAUGCUCAAUUUUUCACAAUACCAUUAUUAAGAUCGAUUCCAUGCAAAUACUGUGCGCAUCAACUGUACAGCUAAACUGAGAGAUUGCUCCAAAAUUGAUCAUUUAUCAAUAAAUAUAGAGAAUAUUUGAAUUAUUAUGAAUUGUAAUAUGCGUUUUAGUACAUUAAGCAGUCAUACAGACCAAAUAUGUCAUACUAUGUCAAGAACAAAAGCAUUGCACUAGAAAACCCACGUUUGGUGUUUGAUUUUGGCAGCAUUUCCUACAAAUUCCUCAUUUUGAAUGUGUUUUACGACAUGAACAUAUUUCAUUAUCAUUCCAUCUGCAUUGAGUUAAAGGAAUGGUUCAAGCAAAAUGAGUAUUUCCUGUUCAUUUACUCAUCCGCAGGUCGUCCAAGAUGUAGGUGCCUUUUUUGGCCUUCAGUAGAACAUUGAAGCAGAUUUUGAGCUGAAUCUGCAAUGAUUCGUAUUCUCGCCGCCAAUGGUGACAGGUUUUUUAAGAUUUCAAAAUAAUCACAUACAAACAAGUCCAAAUCAAUAGCUGCGGCUCCUGAUGGCACGCUGAGGUCUUGUGAAGUAAAAUGAUAUGUUCACGUAAGAAAAUUGAACAUUAUUUAUAAUAUUACUAGCUUACAUCCACAGCCUGGUCAAACAUAUUGGCACAUGUAGUCCGAUUGUAGUCUAGUCGCUUUGAUGACGAAUGUGCGAGGGUCCGCACUUGGACGGGAGGUCCAGUGGAGCAUUUUGUUGAUAGAUAUUUGGACUACAAUCAGACUACAUUCGCCAAUAUGUUUGACCAGGCUGUGGAUUAAAGCUUCUAAUAUUGUAAAUAAUGUUCAGUUUCUUACACGGACCGAUUGUUACUCAUCACAAGACCUCAGUGUGUCUUCAGGAGCCACUAUUGAUGUGCAUUUACUUUUAAUAAUAGUAAUAAAAACCAUCACCAUUGACUGCCAUUAUAAUACUCAUUAAAGACCACGGAUUCAGCUCCAAAUCUUCUUUAAUGUUCUACUGAAGAGCAUCUUAAUGACCUGUGGGUGAGUGAAUUAACAGGAGACUUUCAUUUUUAGGUGGACUAUCCCUUUAACAGACACCUGAAUGUAUAUCCGUUACUAGAAGUACAUAUUUAAUGUUGCUAGUCUGUGUUAGAAAUAUUCUUUUCACGCUUAUGCAUUUAGUGAAGUGUUUACUUAAAUGUGUAAUGGGUUUA